UCCAUCUCGGCUAGCUACUUGACAGUUGGUGUUUUCAUUGUCAUAAACAUGGAUAUGAGUCAGAUAAUCGAUGCCCUUGUCUGCUUUUGCAUCAUGAGAUGUAGCAUCAUCUUCUGGGAACACUGACGGAAAACUUCACCCUGAAUCAGAAACCGGAAGUUGAAAAUCUGGCGGUUUGUUUUUCUCCGGUAAAGAAAGGUUAAGCCCUUUUAGCGCACCGAGGGAGUUCUCCUUUUGUCUCCGUGUUGUUUUUAUCGCCUCAGCAUGGACAUGUACGGAUACAGCGGGGUCUUCUUGGUGAAGAGGUUCCUGGACAAAGGUGUUUUUGAAGUCACAAACAUGUCCGACAUCAACAAGGCGAAUCCUCACGGCUGCGACAACGGAGCCCUGACGGACAGGUUCGGCGUCCUGAUCCAGGGACUCCUGGCUAUCGUUGCCUUCAGCACGCUGAUGUUGAAGAGGUUCCGGGAGCCGGUUGGGAUCAGACGACCGUGGAGAAUCUGGUUUUUCGACACGUCCAAACAGGCCAUCGGUGCUCUUUUCAUCCACUUUGCCAACGUCUUCCUGUCCACGCUCACCAAAGAGGACCCAUGCUCCCUAUAUCUGAUGAACUUCCUGCUGGAUGCCACGUUGGGGAUGCUGGUCAUCUGGCUUGCUGUGAAGUUGGUGUCCAAACUAGUGGAGUACAAGCAGUGGACGCUGCUCAUGUUCGGAGAAUAUGGUGACCCUCCUCAGGCAGCAGCAUGGCUCGGUCAGUGUGGCGUCUACCUGCUCAUCAUGGUGCUGGAGAAAGGUGUCAUCAGCCUGGUGCUGCUCGUCCCCGGAUGGUCCAAAUUGCAGGAGGUGUUGCUGAGCUACAUUGCUAACCCUCAGCUGGAGCUGGUGCUGGUCAUGCUCAUUGUGCCCUUCAUAGUGAACUCCAUCAUGUUCUGGGUGGUGGACAGCCUGACGAUGAGGAAGUACAAGACGAUGAAGAGCCUGGACGACUCCUGCGACAGCUCCGUGAAGAAGGCCGACUCCCUGCCCUGGGUGAACAGCGAGGAGUCACGGGUUCUACUGACUGUCGAGACGGACACCGACGAGGCUUCAGAGGGGGAGGAAGACCCAGGCGACGGUGGACCAGUCCCUCAUGUACAGUAUUCUGGAGGACCACUGAGGCCCAGCUGGGUGGUGGUAUAAACCCAGGUGAUGCUUCUUCCUAGCCGUCCAUCCUCUGUCCACACAAAACACUCUUAAAGAGCCUAAAUAUGAGCAAACACACACAAAAACUUGCAUCUUUAACUCGUCAGAGGUCUAACUAAUCAGCUUCUAUGUAAGCAAAGGCACAAUUAAAGGUCAUAUAACCUGUGAAUGUGAACACUACAGCCUCAGCUGCCUUCCUCUGCACUGAACCGGAGCUUGACUCAGUGUAUGCAUGUAAAUCCAAUAGCAUUUUGGGAAUUAUCCUCUGACCUUGCUGCCUCCGUUAUCUGCAAGAGCACAUCAGAAUAACCACAACUGAACGUGUGUGGAGAGAGAUUAUUAAGGAGGGCAGCGCCCGCGGGGCAAAAUGUACGGGUGGUAAUGACAAAGGCUGAGAUAAAUCCGUCUCCACGCUGGGGACUUUUGGAAAUGAUGUUGCUCUAAAGAGAGUCAUUUAUCGUGUAUCAUAUUCCAAAGAGGGGCAAGUGAAGUAUAUAGAUCUAUAUAGGUGCUCUAAGAUUUUACUCCGUCGAAUAUAACCGCUUCAAAUCCACCUUUUUAAUUAAGGUGUAAUUAUAGUCAUUCUACCACGCUCUCCCUCUGGCUCCUUGCUUUCAUUUUAAAGGAGGGUUUUAUUUCUUUAAACCACGCACAUGUUUUUAACAUUUUUGGCUGCUGCAGUCAUGAUGCACCAAACAUGUUGCGGUAAUAUGGAAAGGUUUUUGUUCUUUGCAACUGGUUGCUUUUAACAAAAUGUGUAUGUGGGCAGGAAAUUCUUUAAGGUCAUGCUAUUUGUUGUAUGUGAUGGAGUACUGGGGCCACUGUUGGGAGAAGUAUAUGAGAUUUUUAGAAUAUUGUCAGAAUAUAUUUGAGAAAAAGUUGUAAAUGUUAUGAGAAAAAAUCCUCAGUUUUAAGGGAAAGAUUUACAAGAACAAAGUCAUAAUUUCUUGAGACAGAUGUCUUGAUAUUUUAGAAGAAAACGAGUCUGACUUAUUCUAAAAUAACUGUCAGUAUCAUAGACUGUAUAAAAAUUGAAGAGGAGUCUCCACUUCCUCCAAAUGUACAAAAAUGAAGCCAGAAUAUCCCAGAUUCAGGUGCCGUCAUGUUGCGCUGGUUCAUUUAAAGCCAGAGUCUGCGCAGUAGUCAUCAGGAAGUGGAGAUGCAGUAUCAAGUUCCCACCCAUACACCUGUCUGACACAUUUGCAAGUCAAUCACAGCUGUCAAUCAUGACAUCACACCCCCUUUUCAUAGCAUCAAACAAAUAAUUAAACCCAAACUUAUCCAAAAAAUGAACACUUGGACAAGUAUCACCGUGGUAAGAACUACCUAAAAUGACAGAAACCAUCUUUAAUUAAGUAUAUCACAUGUACCUUCUGCUAAGUUGGAGGGAUUUAGGAGCUAUACUGCAACCAGCCACCAGGGGGAGUCCGUUUUUUUCCCCAUCCAGAAUUGUCGUAAGUUUAAAAAAAAAAAAAAAAAAAAAGAACACACAACCUCACGUGUCAAUCGCGUUUGCACACUGAGUCUGAAACAUCCAUCCGUCAUUUAAAUUUUCCAAACAGGUUUGAUUUUCUGCGUUUUUCACAUCCUUUCUUUCUUUUCAUUUUGUCACGUAUUGCAAAUAGUCGCAACAAAUACAACAAUAAAACGCAUCGGAAUCGAUUGUUUUCUGAUGGCGGAUGUGAAAGAACAGACUCAGUGUGCAAAGGCCUUUAGACAAAAAAAUAAGUACCACUCUCAUGUCUGUACACCAGAUAUUUCAACUUUGAAGCUACAGUCAGCAGCUGGUUAGCUUAGCUUAGCAUAAAGACUGGGAACGAGGAAACCUGGCUCCGUCCAAAGGUCACAAAAUCCACCUAACGGCAUCUUUAAAGCUCACAAAUAAACAUGCCGUAUCUUUUAAUUGUACAUCUGAUGUGUAAAAACAACACUGGGUUUCACAAGGGUUUUUAUAGGGAGCUUUUUUUUUCUGGGAGCAGUGACUUUUACAGGCUAGCUGUGUCACCAUGUUUCCUGCAUUUGUGCUAUGCUAAGCUAACAAGCUUCUGGCUAUUACUAGGUCUGUCAUGAUAAUUACAGUAUUGAGUCAGCAAAAAUUAUCAAGGUCUUUAUAUCGUACGGCAUUUCCUUUGUGGUUAUACGCGUUAUAUAUUUGUUUUUCCUGCAGGGUUGUCUUGACCAUUUUAAGAAUCGGGCGCCUAACAUUUAUUUACGUUUCAUUUAUGUAGGAUAUUUUAUUUUAUUUUUUUACAUUCCAGUUUUCCAAUAUCUGAGUAUUCGUAACAGUUUUUAUUCCAUUGCUUUUUGGUUAUUUUUGUUACAAUAUGUCAUCUAACAAAAGUAGUUAUCAUGACAGGCCCAGCUGUAACUUCAUAUUCAAUAGACAAAUGUCGGAGUGGUAUCGAUCUUCAACGUUCUUCGUAUUUCAGAAAAACUAUUCCUCUUUAAAAUCUUAAUUUAAUUUAAAAAUGUGAUCAGAACUGACUCUCUGGCAGUGAUAUUUUUCAAAAUAAAACAACCCUUUCUUUGAAAUAUCACGUCAUAAUUCUUGUUACUACUUUCUUCUUUUAUAUUUUUUCUCGAACUUGCAACUUCUCUUUCAUUACACUCCAUCUUUUUUUUUAUUUCAGAAUAUUCUGACUUCUGUAAAUCUCCUAUUUUUCCUCCUAACAUUGGCCCAAUUACUGUUUUGGUAGCUGUGUAUUAAACUUUAUGACAAGCUAUGGCACAUUUUUUAUUUAUUCUGUUUAUAUUUUAUAUAUUUGACUUUAUAUAUUGUGGUCCAAUCUGUGGUAACAACAGGGGAACAGGAAGUUUGUAGUGAAGAGAGAAAACAGGAGAAUUUUAAACGUCAUCUGCAAACUACAGGCGUUUUCCUUUUAUUUUAUGGUUUAAACGCCUAAAGGUCUCCAGUUUGACGUAUUCCAUGUGUAAUGUUUUAUUUUGUAUUCCGAUGUACCUUGUGUAUGUUUUUUUUAUAAACCUGAUUAUGAACAUGUGGAUAAACUGGCACACACGCCCUGUCAUCGACAGGCCGUAAAGUGCUGCGGUGCUUCUUACCGAAUGUAUCUCUUUAAUCUGUGCUAUGAAUAAAGAUGAUUGACACAUGAA